AUGGCUGCAAGUGAAGCAGAAAUUCCUCCGGGGAAAUCAAUGACGGUGGAACAAACGAUGCUGGAUAAAGGAGCUCAAAUGUUACAAACGUUGGAACCCAUAAAGCAAAUGAGCCAGCAUGUUUGCACUUUUGCCCUGUACAGCAACGAUAUGCAUCGUCACAUCGAAACUCAUCAUUAUGUGACUCGGAUUAAUCAGGAUUUCCUUCAGUGUGCUGUCUAUGACUCUGAUGACUCCCAUGGCCGUCUCAUUGGAGUGGAGUACAUCAUAUCUGAUCGACUUUUUGAAGGGUUGAAUCCUGAGGAACAGAAGCUUUGGCAUUCUCACGCUUACGAAAUUAAAUCCGGGCUUUGGGUAAAUCCUCGGGUUCCAGAGAUGGUAGUGAAGCCUGAACUUGAAAAUCUUGCUAGAACCUACGGCAAGUUUUGGUGCACCUGGCAGACCGAUAGAGGUGACAAGUUACCAAUGGGUCCUCCGGCGCUGAUGAUGUCGCCUCAGGCAGUGAAUUUGGGAAUGGUGAGGCCGGACCUGAUUAAAAAGAGGGACGACAAAUACAACAUCUCAACCGACACUCUGAAAGUUUCCCGGGUCGAGAUCGGUGAGCCGGAGUGGAUAAACCCACAAGCUGACUACUGGAAACAACAUCAGAAAUGUUUCGUCGUCGACGCUGAGCCGGUGGAAAUGAAGAAAAUUGUUGAUCCCUUUCCCUAG